AUGCAUACCGCUCUCAGUGCGCUUACAGCUGCGAGGCUUCAGCUGGUGGAGCUGAUCUUGCCUGCAGGGCAAAUCAAGACGUACACCUCUGGGGGGUCUGUCGGCUUCAAGAACGCCAACAAGAGCUCGCCGCUCGCCGCCGAGCGCGCCGCUGCGGAGCUCGCACGGAGGGCGCUCGAGAAGGGGUACUUCUCCGUCAGCGUGCAGCUCAAAGGCAUGGGGCGCAACAAGCAGAUCGCGGUGCAGGCGCUGGCGGCGGGCGGCGUGUCGGUGACGCAGCUGCGGGAGGUCACGCCGACGCCGUACAACGGCUGCAGGCUGCCGCGCAAGCGGCGCGUGUAG